CCACUGAAGCUGAGAGAGGCUGCUUGACGGCCGCGGUGAGCUCGAGCGCGGCUCCAUUCUCCCGUCGUUGCUGCACAGCUCCGACGCAGCCACGGGCCGGUAUGAGAGGCCUCGAGGACCAGCAGCAGGGCAGGCAGCGGCUCCCUAGCAACGGUGCUGAUACACGCACGCAUUCCUGGUUCCAUGCGGCCCGUGUAUAUUGCACGUCCGCUGCUCGCCUUGCCCAUUCGUCACUGCGCCAAAUUGGUGAGCCGUUAUCUCGCUCCUCCGCUCACGCCUGGCUGGCUGAUGGCCGCCGCACCUGGCCACCGCAACCAGCCGGCGACAGAAGAGACACCACCGGGCCUCACUGCAUGUGCCGGCCUCAUGUCUGCCCACCCAUCCGCUGCAGCCUCACCCGUUGCAACAGGGCCCCACCACCCAAGAGCUGCCGGGCCUGCGCAGCCUGCCCGCACCGAGCGCAGAGAGGGGAGGGGAGGGGGCUUCGAGUCGAGGCCAUCGGAGUUGCAUCCUUUCACCGGCUGCCCGCCCUUACCAAGCAGUGGCACAGUGACAGACGCCCUCUUCGAAGCAAUCUCCGGCUUCCACCACUGUAUUAUGAGCGCAGUCGUGGUUGUUGAUCGAGUGUCGUGCCAUGAAUAAGGGGAGGGCCGAGAAAGUCACGUGACGCCUAGUCCGCCCAGCUGAAGCCCGAUGAUGGCAUUGUGUGACGUAGCAGGCCAAUGCUCAAAGACGUCAAUGAAGGUCACAAACAAUUGGGCGCCUCGUGCAUCUUGACCGGUUGCCGCCGCUGGAACCUUAAAAAGGGUACGACGUGUGGCAGGCCUUUCCUCCUGGGCGGGAGCUACCCUUGUAUUACGGAGGUUCUAUGCUCUGGCCAUGGGUUUAAAUGCCGCUGCAAGCACCGUGUUCCAGCCAACGAAUAUUACAGGCUGUGUAGAACUCUAAUCGCAAAAGGGCAUCAUGGUAAUAUAGCAGAGUUGUUACCCGACUUGCCUUUCGCUACAUAACUCGCGUCGAGCCGGGCUAGGGAGCUCUUAUAUAUAUUGAUUUCAGCUCUACAAAGCAACCUCACUUACACGUAAGCAUUGG